AUGGGAUCGGUGGGCCAGAAACCAGCAUUCUGCGUUCUAAUUGUUGGUGGAGGGAUAGGAGGUCUCACGUUGGCGAAUGCGCUACAACAUGCUGGCAUAGAUUUCCUUCUCCUCGAAGCAAGGCCAGAAAUCGCUCCUCAGGAGGGUGCCUCGAUUGGAAUUGGACCUAAUGGAGGCCGUAUCCUCGAUCAGUUAGGAUGUUACGAAGAUAUUAUGCAGUUAACGGAACCUCUCGAUUACACUGGCAAUCACCGUGCCAAUGGAGAGUAUAUUUGUCCGAGAACAGACGGCUUUCGACUGAUACAAUCUCGAACCAACUAUAGCAUGUCCUUCCUGGACCGGCAAUCAGUUCUUCAAAUUCUUGCGGCGCAUAUCCUGGACAAGAGUAAGAUUCUUCUCCAAAAGCGCCUCAUAAAGGCUGAAUACCACCCAGACGGAGUCACGGCAAUAUGUACCGACGGAUCCCGCUACGUUGGUGACAUCCUCGUCGGUGCAGAUGGAAUUUACAGUACGACUCGCCGAGAGAUGUGGCAGGCCGCUACGGUUGAAUCACCUGGAGAAAUCGGGGAGGAAGAAAGGCAGAGUAUGACCGCGGAAUACAAAUGUCUCUUUGGUAUCUCGGCGCCAAACUCGAGCUUACCGGCGCACUCCUUUGAUGUUACGUUCAAUAAGGACAUCUCUGUCAUUGUAGUGACGAGUAACCCCAAGCGAGUGUACUGGUUCCUGAUAGCACGAAUGCCACAGGUUUACAAGUCUGGCCGCAUCCCUCGGUUCUCCCAGGAGGAUGGUCGCGCGUUUGCAGAAGAGAAUCUCGGUCUUCCACUUAUGCCUGCGGCAAAGGUGACCUUUGGAGAUCUUUGGGCAACAAAGGAUACCUAUAAUUUGGUGGCUCUCGAGGAGGCCUUCUUCGAGCACUGGACUUAUGGUCGGUUUGCAUUGCUAGGUGACAGUGCCCAUAAAAUGACUCCGAACAUGGGUGCAGGCGGGAAUUGCGCAAUCGAAAGUGCUGCAUCAUUAGCCAAUGCAUUGCUCGAGUUGACGUCUCGAUCACAUUGUCAUGGCACUGAUAAUCAUCCAUCUAUUGAUAGCAUUCGGCAUGCUUUGAAGAAAUACCAGAAGGCUAGAAGACUCAGGGCUAUCAUUACUGUCAAAGCUUCAGGUUUUGUCACCAGGCUUAAUGCAUUGCGUGGGACUGUGGAACGCAUCAUUUCUCACUACUUUUUGCCCAUAUCGGGCGACAUGCUGAUUGACUGGGCUUCAGAUACGUGGAUUGGAGCAGAAAAGCUCAAUUUCCUACCACUACCUAAGCGAUCUCUCCGUGGUACCAUGCCGUUCAAUCCUGAACAGGGAAUGGGCAAAUAUGAGAGCAUACCGAAGAGAGCCUUUGCUGCUAUGCCAUUUCUUGGUUUACUCGGACUCCAUUCGGCGAUAUUUAAAGGUAGCCUUUUGCAACUACCAUCCUACAAUGCCACUAGAUCGUGGCCACUACCCGUUCCUCUAGCGGACUUUGGAGUUAUUUAUAACAUACUUUUGAUUGAAUCUGCCAGACAAACUAAUCGUCUGAGUCCCAUGCAACUGGUCCUAUUCUUUGGCACGGCGUCGCAAUUUGUCGGAGCUGGUGCUAUGUUGUCGUUAUACUUCUUUAUAUAUUCAACUUCUGUGCCGAUUGCCAGGUUCAAAGCCAGGGAUAUGCGACUGACUGAUCUGAGCUAUACUCGUUCUAUUCUCCCGGUUAUGAUUCUUGCAUACUAUGUGCCUUAUUUACUGGCCUUUACGGGUCCUACCACGAAAUCCCGUGAAGUUGCCCGAUGGGUAUUCCGAAUGUUCCCGCUAGUGGUCUCCCUUGGUCAAUGGCUCAUUAAGCAGGCCAUCCUUCCAUCCACUAUAGAACAAGAUCGACACAGUGAUUUUAAUCGAGAUAUUGGAACCAUUCGAGUCACUGUUGGUGUUGCAGCUGUUUGGUCUACCAUAUCUUGGCUUAAUUCGGUUCUGAGAACAACGUGUCUCCUAAAAGAUGCAUUCUCCUCGCCCGGAAAGGGCUUAGCACCACUAUUUGGGAACAACGCCGAGAGUGGUUUGCCAUACGAUUACCUCUUCACAAUAGGAUCUUCUCUCCUUUGGGUCUCUUACCUUUACUGGGAUCUCAAAAAGGCCAGGAUGGUUGAACAUAGCUGGCUUACUCUGCUAUCAUUUCCUGUUAUUGGAGGUUUGUGCGUUGGACCGGGAGCAACAACUGCAAUUGCAUGGCUCUAUCGAGAGAAUAUCCUUGCCACCAAGCGACACAAGGGGGCACUGGUUUGA